UCUCUCUCGUUCUUCCUUCUCCGGCGCAUCUCUCCGUCUGCCAUUUCACCCUCAUCGCCUCUCUCUAUGGCCUCUGAUGAAAUCCGGCGAGCCGCCGCUUUCAACGGCUCUAUGCUCUCUCUCCCUUCUUUGUCUUCCAAUGAACCCCCACCUCCAAAUCUAGAACCCUAGGACUUCGACUUCUCCGCGCCGCCCUUUUCCGCCGAUCUUUCCGCGCUGCCUUCUCUCCCCGUCAAUAUCCACGGACGCCUCAUUCUGUUCUGUCACAUCUCCCCCUCUCCCGUCGCCUCUCUCUCUCUCCCACGUCCAAAUUUUAAACCCUAGGUCGCCGCCCCCGCAUCAGAUCCUCCGCCCCGCCUUAGUGCGCGGCUGCGUCGCCCCCACCCACCUCCUCUGGCCUCGGCGCUUCUGUUGGUCCGUCCGGUGACUCCACUAUUUUCCUUGAAUGCCUCUAUUACCCUCGGCUGCAAUUCAGUCUACAAAUCUUAGAUUCACAAUCGAUGCCUUCGUUGUUAUCCGUCAAUACUUGUUGUCUCCACUUCACCGCAUUGCGUUGCAGUUAUCCACAAUCAAUUCGUGAAAUUGAGGUUCAAAAUUCACAGAAUAUAAAGUACAAUGGUACUAUUCAAGGGUUGAAGUACAUAUGGAGAACUGAGGGAUUUAGGGUCUUGUUCAAAGGGAAUGGCACUAAUUAUGCUCGAAUUGUCCCAAAUUCAGCUGUAAAAUUCUUCAGCUAUGAGCAAGCAUCCAAGGGUAUAUUAUAUUUAUAUCAGCAACAAACUGGAAAUGGAUGUGAACCUAAAUAUUUUACAGAUGGUGUUAGUGUUGCAAGUGGUAAUUUCCUGGCAGCUAAGAGAAGAGGAGUAGUAGAAGGAAUUGAUUAUGGAUCAACGGGUGAAGUUAAGAAAGUAGAUGUUUCUCGUAUACAACUAUUGGGAAAGAUUUUUGUCCAAUCGGGAAACAAUAUCAAGCUCUGCUAGCUGCUCUUGCUAUUAUGUCGGAUCUUAUGUUCGACUUCUUGGGAAGGUGCAGUAACGAAGCCCUCAAGGAAGAGAUGGAAGAGAAAAGAAGGGCUCAGGUGCACUUUAAGUUAUGUAAUGUGCUACCUCAGACGAUUGCCUAUUUGAUGCCUAUUUUUUUAGUUUGUCACUUUAAUAAUUCUGAUGGUAGCGGUCAUUCUUCAUUUUUCACUAAAUCUCUAUUGCAGAUUACUUUCAUGAGGAAGAAUGAUUUCAGGAAAGAGCAACUAGUUCUUGAGGACUUAGUGCUAGAAUACAUAGUAUGAUAGAUUUUCGUUUUAGCUAUAAGAUAGUUGAUACUUUUAAUUUUGAAUCGAAUAUGCAAUGAUGAUGUAUACUUGAUACUUGGUUCAUUUGGAUGGUAAUGUAUGAAUAUUUUGGAUGAUAUAUAAAAUUGUUAUUGU